UAAGCUCAAAUCCUGCAACAAAAAUGGCAAUGGAAGAAGGAGGAUUAGGAAGAAUAAUAGAAGUAACCAACUGGUUUCCAAAACUAGUCGAAACCCAAGUUGACUUAAUCGCUACUACCCUCACCUCAAUCGUUACCACCUUCCAUUACCCUUCAUUUUCUCUCUCCUCAACCACCUUCUUCAAACACCCUCAUGCUAACAAUACCGACUCCCUCGACGGGAGUUCGACUCGUGCUCAAAUUCAUACUCAAUCUCAGCAGUUGUUUCAAAAAGUGGGGUAUGGGCUGCUUGGUGCGUUGUACACAGCGACGGUGUUGACUUUGUUAAUGGCGGUUGCGGUGGUUAUUGGGGUGGCGAUGGUUAAUUUUUGGGUGGAGCAACCAUUGGUGGUUAGAGAGAAGUUGUAUUUUGAUUACGCUGAUGUAAACCCUUCAGCGGUGUUUUUGUUUGGUGGUUAUAGAAUGGGUAAACAUGGUGGCGGUGUUCCGGUUGGUCAUACGUUUCAUGUUUCGGUUUUGUUUUCGGUUCCUGAUUCUGAUUAUAACCGUGGUAUUGGUAAUUUUCAGAUAAUGGCUGAAGUUGUGGCAACUAACGGGAAACUUAUAGCACGGUCAAGCCAACCAUCAAUGCUACAAUUCCAUAGCUAUCCUAUUAGACUAAUGCGCACCUUCAUAUUGGGUCUCCCUAUAUUGCUUGGAUUCUCACACGAGACUCAGACAAUUAAGGUGCAAAUGCUGCGGUACAAGGAAGACAACCAUUUGAGAACGGACGCUGUCAAGAUUACGCUCAUACCUCGAGCUGGGACUCUAUACCUACCUCAAUUGUACGAGGCUGAGAUCCUAAUGCACUCCAAGUUGCCUAGAGUGAAAGAGUUUGUUCACAAUUGGAAAUGGACUUUCUAUGUGUGGACUUCAAUGUACGUCUACGCCGUGAUGCUUAUGCUGCUCCUUUGGUUCUUCAGAGACCUAUUGGCUUUCCCGAUAUUAAGAGGGAUUGAUCGUAUAGAAAGAAGAGAACUAGGGGUUCUCGAAAGAGAAGAGAAACCAAAAGCGAGAGGAAGGGAGUUCUCGGAAACACUUAGAAAAUGGCAGCAAUAUAGAAGGAAGAGGAAGUCCGCUCUUUUGAGUAGGAGUGCUUUUAUGGACAAUGUUGGUUCGACUUCUGCCUCAAGUUAUACUGUAAACAAAGACGAUUUUGAGCCUACCAUCGAAGAAGUUGUUGGUGACUCGGAAUCGGUGUGCAUAGAAGGUUAGAAAUACGCAUGUUUUGCUAAUGAUUUAGCUUCCUUGUGGCGAGUUUUGUAUUAUAUUUGUUGGACAAUGUAGGGUGUACUCGCUAGAAUUGAUGAUAUUAUAUUUGUUCGACAAUGUAGGGUGCCAAUGGUGGAUGAUUUUUCUGCUUGAAGCAAGUCAAAUGAUAUUUUUUUUUGAAAAUUCUAUUAUGAU